AUGACCAAGAACACCUCCCAGACAGAUUUGGAAACCAGGUCCUGUGUUCGUGUCAUUUGGAGCACCCGAUACUGGAUGCUGCGGAACAUGGGCAUUCGGCGCUUGUCAAUUGGGAAAGGCCAUGAUGAGCUCAUCGAGACGCUUUUAGCCCACGGCGCCGAUGUCGAUGAGGAACAUUUACAUGAAGCUAUUUUGCAAAGCAACAAGAAACCGCUAGAAAUGCUACUCGCCAAGUACGGAGCUGAGAAUUGCCGUUCCAAUCUUUUGGAGCUUGCAGCUUUGACCAAGAAAAGGCCGUCGUCAAAGCAAUUGAAUUUGGUCAAGACUCAGUCGUCACCCUUCUCCUGGUAA